GAGUUUCAGCACCACUUACAACUUCAUACCAACAGAAAUCCAUAGAAAUUAAAAGAAGAGAGAGAGAGAGAGAGAAUUGAAGAUGAGUGGCAUUGCUAAAAGAUGGAAGGUUCUAAGUGGGAGUGAUAACUGGGAAGGGCUACUGGACCCUUUGGAUUCGGAUCUCCGCCGCUACCUCAUUCACUACGGAACCAUGGUUUCACCCGCAACCGAUUCUUUCAUCAACGAACCAGCUUCCAAAAAUGUGGGAUUACCGCGAUAUGCCAGGAGAAACCUCCUUGCUAACUGUGGACUAGUGAAGGGAAACCCUUUCAAAUAUGAAGUGACCAAAUACUUCUAUGCACCAUCAACAAUCCCACUCCCAGAUGAAGGGUAUAAUGUGAGGGCAACCCGAGCGGAUGCAGUGCUAAAGGAAUCAAACUGGAAUGGAUAUGUUGCCGUGGCCACGGAUGAAGGAAAAGUUGCUUUGGGACGAAGAGACAUUCUGAUUGUUUGGAGGGGAACGAUUCGAAAGUCGGAGUGGAAUGAGAAUCUCACAUUUUGGUUCGUCAAAGCGCCAUUAUUCUUUGGCCAAAACUCUGAUCCUCUGGUCCACAAGGGCUGGUACGAUAUGUAUACCACCAUCAAUCAAGAUUCCCAAUUGAAUGAAAAGAGUGCCAGAGAUCAGAUUCGUGAAGAAGUUGCAAGACUUGUUGAGUUAUACAAGGACGAGGACAUUAGCAUAACCGUGACAGGACAUAGCUUGGGUUCAUCCAUGGCAACACUAAACGCAGUAGACCUAGCUGCCAAUCCAAUCAACAAUAAUAAAAAUAUUCUUGUCACUGCUUUCUUGUAUGCAAGCCCCAAAGUAGGGGAUGAGAAUUUUAAAAAUGUCAUUUCUAAUCAACAAAACCUUCGAGCCUUGCGAAUCUCCGACGUGAAUGAUAUUGUUACAGCGGUUCCGCCGUUUGGAUGGAAAGAGGGUGACAAUACAGCAAUACUUUACGGAGAUGUGGGGGUGGGUUUGGUGAUUGAUUCUAAGAAAUCCCACUAUUUGAAGCCUGACUUUCCAAACCUGUCAACUCACGACUUGAUGCUUUAUAUGCAUGCAAUUGAUGGAUACCAGGGGUCUCAGGGAGGAUUUGAGCGUCAGGAAGACUUUGAUCUUGCUAAAGUUAAUAAGUAUGGGGAUUAUUUGAAAGCCGAGUAUCCUAUACCAAUAGGAUGGUUUAACAUAAAGGAUAAAGGAAUGGUUCAGCAGGACGAUGGAAAUUAUAUCCUUGACGAUCAUGAAGUGGACAAGACAUUUUAAACAGAAACAGUUUGGUGCAUGCAAUAUGCAUGCAUGUGUGUUUGAAUAAAGCUAAGUCUUCUAUAGCUUCAUGAAGACCUUUCUAUAAUUAUUGAGUGUGUUUUGAAUAAAAUUGGAGCUGAGGCAACUAGCCGCUUGUGGCUAGCUGUCUAGUCCAAUGCAUGUAUGUGUGCAAGGUUUGCUAGCUAGCUUGUAUUUGAAUUAUUAUGCAUGUUUCAAUAAUCUCUUUUAAGCAAUAAUAUAUAUAAUAAUAAAAGAUCAGACUUGAUCGAAUUGCUUGCUUUUA